AUGAGGAGAAUCAAAAUUACGAUUGCCGAAUUUACGUGAGGGGACAUGUCUCGGGUUCAAGAUACACCGGCACGAUCUAAUGGAAGAAUUGGAUCAAUCGACCGUGGUUACCGACUCAAAUAUGGAUCGACAGUACAAUAAAGCCGUAGAGCCAGCAGCAUGCAGAGACAAAAGUGGUGUCACGACUGAAUAUAUCCGGCUUUCGUGACCUAAUAGGCCUUCAUCUUCGUCCUGGACUGAUACUCACUCACAUGAUGCUACACUGCCUAUAUUAACAGGUACGUAACUAGCAUAAUGGCGGCAGUGUCAAUUUCCCGGGUGUCCUUCGAGCAUCACCGCACGGCUCUGGGUAUCGGCGAGGCCAGUCCGCGCAUAUCGUGGCGAUUCGAGGGGAGCUCUCCAAACUGGACGCAGAGCGGAUACAGUCUCGAGCUGUCUCGGCAGUCCCAGGUUCAGCUAUUUCAUUAUAACUCCUCCGAUUCUAUUCUCGUGCCAUGGCCUACGGUAUCACUAUCAUCGGCGGAGUCUGCGACGGUUCGGGUGAGGGCUUACGGCGAAGGAAACCAGACCGAUACUCCCUGGUCAGAUCCUUUCACUGUCGAAACGGGACUCCUAGCCCAAGAGGACUGGUCAGGUGCGGUGAUGAUAGCUGCCGACAAAGAGACCGAACAAAAUGCCCCGCAUCAGCCUGUGCUACUUCGUAAGGAAUUUUCGGUGGGGGGCGGCGUAAAGAAAGCUAGGCUGUAUAUUACCGCGGAUGGUUUAUAUGAAGCCUGGAUAAACGGCAAGAGAGUCGGCGAUCAUGUGCUUGCUCCGGGCUGGCAAUCGUAUAAGUAUCGGCAUGAAUAUAACACCUACGACGUCACUGACUUGCUCCUCGCCGGGGAUAAUGCGUUUGGGAUUCACGUCGGCGAAGGAUGGUAUUCCGGUAGACUUGGGUAUAAUGGAGGCGUUCGGAAUAUUUGGGGGGAUACUCUUGGCGCCAUGGCCUUGCUAGUCAUCACCUCAUCGAACGGAACGACGACGAAGAUCAUAACGGACAAAUCCUGGAGCGCGAGUACGGGAGCGUUAAUCACAUCCGAGAUUUAUAAUGGCGAGAACUACGACUCGAGGUUGGUGCAGCACGGUUGGUCAGCCCCUAAGUUUACACCGAACACGACGGCAAGCUGGAUCGGUACGAAAGAACUCGAGACCCCUUAUGGUCAAUUAGCUGCUCCGGAUGGCCCCCCUAUUCGCCGUGUCGAAACGGUCGAAUUGAAAGAAGUACUCACGAGUCCGAGUAACAAGACCAUCUUGGACUUCGGCCAGAACUUGGUAGGAUGGCUUAAGUUGAACGUCGCGGGCCCGGAGGGGACUACGAUCAAGCUAGUCCACGUCGAAGUACUCCAAGACGGGGAGAUUGCCACUCGACCUCUUAGGAACGCAACCCAGACCGACUACGUCACACUUUCCGGCAAGGGUACGGAGACCUGGGAACCGACAUUCACAUAUCAUGGAUUCCGCUUCGUCGAGGUAGAUGGCUGGCCGGACGAUACCCCAUUAGAUAGCAAAUCCGUUACGGCGAUAGUCGUUCAUUCCGAUCUGGAAGAAACAGGAUCCUUCGAAUGCUCAAACGGACUGUUAAAUAAGCUACAUGAGAAUGUUCGCUGGAGUAUGAAAGGCAACUUCAUGAGCAUCCCGACCGAUUGUCCGCAGCGAGACGAGCGACUAGGUUGGACGGGAGAUGCUCACGCAUUUUCGCCGGCGGCCAAUUUCCUUAUGGAAACAUCUGGCUUCUGGCGAGCUUGGUUGAAGGACUUCCGCUCCGAACAAGUAAAUGGCGUACCUCCGGUAGUCAUCCCAGAUGUACCUGCAGCGGGGCCUCCGAUGGCGACAGCGAUUUGGGGAGACGCUAUCGUUGCGGUACCCUGGAACUUAUACCACACUUCCGGAGAUCUGGCUCUCCUGAAAGAGCAGUUAGUCGGUGCGAAGGCAUGGAUCGACGAAGGCAUCCAACGCAACGAGGUAGGCUUAUGGAACACGUCCACCUUUCAAUUCGGGGACUGGCUCGAUCCCAAGGCUCCCAAUGACGAACCAGGAGACGCAACGACAAAUUCGUCGUAUGUCGCUGACGCAUAUCUUAUUUAUGUGACCGGGUUGGUUUCCCAAAUGUCGUCCGAGCUUGGUCUUGUGGACGACAAAUCCCACUACGCACAAUCCGUGGCGGACCUCACAACUGCCUUCUGGCAGGCGUGGCCUAAUGGUUCGAUUAACGAGACGCAGACGGGUUAUGUGCUACCUCUUUAUUUCGAUCUUUACAGCAGUGGUGCCGAGGCGAACGCCGCAGCUGGUCGACUGGAGAGCAUCAUCGCCGGGAAUAAUUACCUGGUCGGAACAGGAUUUGCCGGAACCCACCUACUCGGGUUGACUCUCACCAAAUAUAAUCUAAGCGACGCGUUCUACAACAUGAUACUCCAAACGGCGGUCCCUUCGUGGCUUUACCAAGUCACAAUGAACGCGACUACCACGUGGGAGAGGUGGGACUCUAUGGAGCCAGACGGAACGUUAAACCCGGGAGAGAUGACAUCGUUUAACCAUUACGCCGUCGGGUCGGUGGCGAACUGGAUGCAUUCCACAAUUGGCGGCUUAGCGCCUGCAGAGCCAGGUUGGAAAACGGCAGAGAUUGCUCCAUAUCCAGGCGGUAACCUGACGUCGGCAAAGGCCAGCUACCUAAGCCCGUAUGGUUUAUUCAAAACCGACUGGACUGUUGACGAUACCGGAUUUCAUGUGACCGUCGAUAUUCCGCCCAACGCAAAUGCCGAAGUGACAUUGCCGGGGAGCAAGAAGACUUUACAACUGGGCAGCGGGAGUUACAAACUGUCGGAUCCGGAAUUUCAUUACUAAAUAGCGUUGUUGUAGCGAUGAUAGUCAUGAUGGUGAAAAUAAUCGAUUCUUAAGUUUUAUUGUGAGGGUCGGAUCGGAUAUGUGCAUUUGGGAGGUCACGUGACAGCCCUUUCGGAGGUCCGAACUCAAACGGCUAAUUUAAUCUACCACCGUAUAAUACAAUCAAUCUAUUCCUCCUUUUCGCCAACUUU